CCAGCCCCGCCAGCCCCGCCGAGCGCCCAGCCGAGCGCGCCAGCCUCGUCCCGCGGCCGGGCCGGGCCGGGCCGGAGCGGCGGCGCCUGAAUGCGGCCCCGGCCGCGGGGAGACGGGCGCCGGCCCCCGAGCGACUUUCGGAUCGGCUCGCGCCCCGCCCGACCCCGACGAUGAAGAGGGCGUCCUCGGGAGGGAGCCGGCUGCUGGCCUGGGUGCUCUGGCUGCAGGCGUGGCAAGUGGCAGCCCCGUGCCCCGGCGCCUGCGUGUGCUACAAUGAGCCGAAGGUGACGACCAGCUGCCCGCAGCAGGGCCUCCACGCCGUGCCCGUGGACAUCCCCGCCUCCAGUCAGCGCGUGUUCCUGCACGGAAAUCGCAUCGCGCACGUGCCGGCCGCCGGCUUCCGCGCCUGCCGCAACCUCACCAUCCUGUGGCUGCACUCCAACGCGCUAUCCCACAUCGACGCCGCCGCCUUCGCGGGCCUGGCCCUCCUCGAGCAGCUGGACCUCAGUGACAACGCGCAGCUGCGAGCCGUGGACCCAGCCACGUUCCGCGGCCUGAGCCGCCUGCACACGCUACACCUGGACCGCUGCGGCCUGCAGGAGCUGGGCCCGGGCCUCUUCCGCGGCCUGGCCGCGCUUCAGUAUCUCUACCUGCAGGACAACGGGCUGCAGGCGCUGCCCGACGACGCCUUCCGCGACCUGGGCAACCUCACGCACCUCUUCCUGCACGGCAACCGCAUCCCCAGCGUGCCCGAGCGCGCCUUCCGCGGCCUGCACAGCCUCGACCGCCUGCUGCUGCACCAGAACCGCGUGGCGCGCGUGCACCCGCACGCCUUCCGGGACCUGGGCCGCCUCAUGACGCUCUACCUGUUCGCCAACAACCUGUCGGCGCUGCCCGCCGACGCCCUGGCGCCCCUGCGCUCCCUGCAGUACCUGCGGCUCAACGACAACCCCUGGGUGUGCGACUGCCGCGCGCGCCCGCUCUGGGCCUGGCUGCAGCAGUUCCGCGGCUCCUCGUCCGAGCUGCCCUGCGCGCUGCCCCCGCGCCUGGCCGGCCGCGACCUCAAGCGCCUGAGCGCCCCCGACCUGGAGGGCUGCGCCGCGGCCGUCUGGACCGGGGGGCGCGCCGCCGCCGACGCGCUGGGGCUGCCCAAGUGCUGCCAGCCCGACGCGGCGGACAAGGCCUCGGUGCUGGAGGGCAGGAGCCCGGGCUCGGCGGGCAACUCGCUCAAAGGACGGCUGCCGCCCGGCGACGGCGCGCCGGGCAACGGCUCCCGCCCGCGGCACAUCAACGACUCCCCGUUCGGGACCCUGCCCGGCUCGGCCGAGCCCCCGCUGAGCGCGCUGCCGCCCGAGGGCUCCGAGGCCCCGGGGCCCCCGACCUCGGGGCCCCGCCGCAGGCCCGGCUGUUCCCGCAAGAACCGCACCCGCAGCCAGUGCCGCCUGGGCCAGGCGGGCGGCGCGGGCGCGGGCGAGGCCGAGGGCUCGGGGGCGCGGCCCGGCCUCGCCUGCAGCCUCGCCCCGCUGGGCCUCGCCGUGGCGCUCUGGACGCUGCUGCGGCGCUGCUGA